AUGCAGUUUCUGUAUAUCGCAUGUAUUCUAUCGGCUGGUCUCACUUCGGCCUACGAUCUGCCUGAUAACCUCAAGCAGAUUUAUAACAACCACAAGACUGGAAAAUGCAACAAGCAGCUUGCAGGGGGAUUCACUGAUGGCAUCGAUGGCAUCAAAACCUUCGCAUACUGCGGCGACAUUAAUGGUGCCAUCUAUCUCCACAGUUCUGGCCAUGGCGGCCAAUACGACAACAUGGAUGUAGACUGCGAUGGUCUAAAUGACAAGGGUGGUGAUUGUGGUAGCGAUGAGACUGGACAAGGCGAGACUGCAUUUAAGGAUCAGUUGAGCCAGUAUGGUAUCCAAGAUUUGGAUGCAAAUGUCCACCCCUACGUCGUUUUUGGAAACACCAACUUUGACCCUCAGCAAUACGGCAUGGAGCCAUUGAGUGUUAUGGCUGUUGUUUGCAAUAACCAGGUGCUGUACGGUAUUUGGGGUGACACAAAUGGAUUCGACUCGACCGGGGAAGCCUCUAUUUCGCUUGCACAAAUGUGCUAUCCCAACGAUGGUAUCAAUGGUAACAACGGACAUGGACCGGAUGAUGUCCUAUACCUAGGCUUCAUCGGUAAGGAUGCUGUUCCAGGUAGCAGUGCAAACUGGCAGGCUGGAGAUCGCAACACUUUUGAGGACAGCAUCAAGGCUUUGGGCGACAAGCUUGUGGCCGGAUUGAAAAGCUAG